UCUAGACCUGAAUUGCAAAUGAUUUUUCAAGAUGACAAUCUGUCACUGUAAAGGCAGUGAGUUUUUAAAUGCUACAUCAGUGAAGAAUUGAUUCGUUUUGGGUGGAAGUGCAGUUUGCAGUGGUGCUGAUUGAAGCCUGACUCUAGGUGGACCUGCAGUCUCCCUGACCAAUCCGUGUUAACUUGUGUACAGAAGCAGGGUUUGUUAUGAAGCCGGAACGCUGGCAAUAGCACACACACGGCGCCGCACCGACUCCGCUUUGCAAAACUGGGAUUUCUACGCACCGAAAAUGCGUUUCAGAGCCCCGCAAAAGGUGCAAGCGGCUUUUACGCGGAUUUUAUUACAACUAUUAUUACUGGGCUCCCUUUCUGUUUUUGUACAAGCAAAGGUGUUGUCCGUGUCUUGUCCCAGCGGACAGUUCGCUUUUAAAAACCGCUGCGUCCUGUGCCAUCCCACCUGCGCCGAGUGUGAGGGCCAUGAACUGUUCCAGUGUACCGCCUGUGAAUCAGAUGAGGAUGGAAAGGAACACUUCCUGUACCAGGGCCACUGCAGAACCCACUGUCCACGGGAGUUCUACCCUGACCGAGAGCAGUACACCUGCCUGCCUUGCAUUGCCAACUGUGAGAUCUGUGUGGAUGGCAAGAUCUGUGCCAAGUGCAAGGAAGGAUAUAAAGUCCAGAGUGGACUCUGUCUGCCAGUGCCCUGUGGUGUGGGUCAGGUCCAGGAUCUAGACUCAGGAGAAUGCAUUGAUUGUGAGGCUGGCUGCAAGACCUGCUCUGCUGAUGACCCAGAGAACUGUAACAGCUGCACAGAUGGCUACUUUCUGUACAGACACCAGUGUCGCCAGCACUGCCCCCAGAGGAGCUACGAGGAGCCAAGUAGGGGUCUGUGUCUCAGCUGCCCAGAUUACUGCAUAGACUGCAGGAGUGAGAAGCUUUGUCUGACCUGUCAGCCAGGCCACUUUCUCCACAAUGGCGCCUGUGUGAUUGAGUGUCCCCAGGACACAUUUGGAGAUACCAGAGGAUGGCGCUGUCAGACCUGUCAUGCCUCAUGUCUAACUUGCCAUGGCCCAGGAGCUAGAGACUGUGAGAGGUGUAAUGGCUGGAACCGUCCAAUUUAUGGGACAUGUCCUGUCCAUAGCUGCCCUGAAGGCCAAUAUUUUGAUAGUGGGACUCAUGACUGCCAUUACUGUGAUGUGUCCUGCAAGACAUGCUAUGGUCCAAAACUGCAAAAUUGUAACACCUGUGCUACUGGGUACAUGUUGGAUCAGCAGGAGGCAGUGUGUGUACAGCGCUGCCCGUUAGGGUUUUAUGGGAACAGCUCCAGUCAGCAGUGUGAGAGGUGCUCAACAAACUGUGAGGCUUGUGAAAGUGGAGACCAGUGUUUGAGCUGUCAUAGUGGUUCUUAUCCACUCUUUCUCUUCCAGGGAAGCUGCUGGUCAGAGUGUCCAGAUGGUUUUUUUGAGACUAAAGAGGGGACCUGUGAGCCUUGUGAUGACAUCUGUUUAACCUGUGAGGGGAGCAGAACUCAGUGUCUUGCAUGUAGAGAUGGUCUUUUCCUUGGAAACGGCAUGUGCAAAGAUAACUGCUCAGUGAGGACCUUUGCUGCUGUGGAUGGUACAUGCAGACGCUGUGGCCCUCACUGCGACACCUGCAUUGAUACAAUCACAUGCAAUAGAUGUACUUUUCUCUACUUGCUUUUGAAUGGUGUGUGUAAAGCCAGCUGUCCAGAAGCUUAUUUUGAGGACUUGGACCAAGGUGUUUGUGUGCAGUGCCAUAAGUCAUGUGCUACAUGCUCUGGGCCUCUGUCAGAUGACUGUGAGAGUUGCUCCACCCUGGCCCCGAAACUAUACGAAGGGACGUGCUCAGAGGAGUGUCCUCCUGGCACCUACUACCAGACAACCAGCAUGGAAUGCCAGGAAUGUCACCAGACAUGUGCAUUGUGUCUGGGUCCAGAACCCACCCAGUGCACUCAAUGUGUGAAGGGUCUCGCCCUGGACCCCAACACCAUGAUGUGUGGUGUGACUGGAGACUCAGACUGCCCGCCCAGAACCUUCCUCCAUGCCAAUCAGUUCACAUGCCAGGCAUGUCAUCGCCACUGCCAAUCCUGCGAGGGCCCCGGGCCUGGAGAUUGCCAGACAUGUGCACUUCCUCGAUAUCUCUAUAAUAACUCUUGUGUAACUGAGUGUCCUGUUGGCACGUACAGUGCCAAUGAGGAAGCUGAUGGCAUUGAGCUGGGGUUUUGCAUGCCAUGUGAUCAUGUGUGUUCCACAUGCUCUGGAGCAUCUCCUAAAGACUGUCUCAGCUGCUCUCCUGGUUACUUACACCUGCUGUCACAUCUGUGUGUCCGCCAUUGUCCCACGGGUUACUUCAGUACAGGCCAAUACUGUGACAAGUGUCAUGUGUCCUGUGAGAUGUGCACGGGCCCAGGGCCAGAUGCCUGCAUAGUAUGUGUCCCACCUCUGCUGGAGCUUCAGGGCACCAAAAUGUGUUUGGAGCACUGCCCCCCUCGUUUCUACGAAAGCACACAUACCUGUUGGCAGUGUCACACUAGCUGCAAGACUUGCAUAGAUAACACACCGCAAAGCUGUCUGACGUGCGACUGGGGCAGUAUCUUACAGGAAGGGGUGUGUUACCCUCGCUGUGAAGAAGGCCGGUACUAUUCUGAAAACGAGGUGUGUAAUGCCUGUGAUGAAUCCUGUAAGCAUUGCUCUGGGCCUGGGCCUGAGAGCUGUGUGACAUGCCAUGCAGGUUUUGGACUCCAGGCUACAACCCAGCGCUGUGUGUAUUGCUGCCAGCCUGAUGAACCAGCCAGAAACUGCUGCCUCUGUCACUCGGAUUCAGCUUUGUGUUUGGAGGCUCCAAUGUCAAAUCAAAACAAGGCUGAGGAUGACAAUGUGAACCUGAGGUCUCGGGUAUACCAGCACACGUCUGCCGCCCUGCCUGCUGCUCUGAUUUUGUUUGUAGUUCUUGCUCUGGGAAUCUUUGCAUUAGUAAAAGCCCGUGCCAGGAAGCGGCUAUGCUGGAGCCACAGUUAUGAGAGGCUAAGAGGGACAGCAGGUGCCAGGCCUGAUCCACGCCCUAUGCCCCAUGGAGUACCUGAGCCUGAAGACAGCGGAGAUGAUGCAGAUGUUGUGUACACAAGUCGAGAUGGAUCCAUCUAUCGCCGUUAUGGAUUCAUGCACAAACCUGAGGAAGAGGAGGUGGAUGAGGCCACUGAAAACACACUCCUCAACUGAUCACCCCCUCAAAUUGUGAUUCAGAGAGUUUCAAAUUUUAUAUUCUAAUUGUUUUAUUUCCUAUAAAAUGAAAGUUAGUAUGCGCAAAAUGUGUUUUCUCAUUGUAAAAUAUUUUAUAUUUAAGCAAACCCCUAUAACGCACCUGUUUUUGUAUUUGAGAAUGAAGAUAAGAGAAAUUGGUUUGGUCUCUGUUUUAAAUCCUGUAAAUAAAGAGAUAUCAAUGAAAGUUGAAAUCUUACAUCUGUA